GGGACAACUUCCUCCUCCCAACCUGAUUUGCUAAAUUGCAGCCUCCUUGAAAAAAAGAAAAACGCACAAAUAUUAUUUGCUUCAUGGCUGUCGUGGAACUUUAUUUAUGGAUUUAAUUUCCCAACCCUAUACUAGAAAUUUUGCCCCAGGGUUUUCCAAAAUCAGGAGCCUAGUUUCCAUUUUAUAAUCCCUCUGUAGGCUUUGUGUUAUUUGUCAUGGUUUGGUCAAAACAAUAAAUACAUCGAUUGAUCAGGUAAAGAAAGCAGUUUUCAUGGAUGACCUUUCCUCUCACAGUAAAUAUAAACAGAAUUACUUAUGCAUCUUGCUCUAUUUUUGGAAAUUGCCUUGGAAAAGACUCUUGGAGCUGAAGCUUAGGUUGAAAUAGCCCAUAAUAUCAUCUUGGGGAGUGCAUUAGAUGUGCUUUUGGACAAAGGAAUGGAGGCAAAAGAGCAGUCAAUGCUUGGAUGAGCCCUGAAACAAUGAGAUGGCUUGGAACUUCUGGAUUUCUCUCAACUUUUCUUGGGCAGGGUUUUAUUUCUUUGUUUCAUUUGCUGCCCAGCUUGUAGCAAAUGACUUUCAUAGCAAAGGGUUACAGCUUUCACAGGUGAGAUUUGCCGUGCCUAAUCCUGCCCAGCCCAGUGUUGUUAGCAACACAAUCUGGCAACCUUGGGAGAGUCUGCAACUUUGACAAAAUGCAGCGACUUGGCCUAGUGGAGUGGGACAGGCCUUCGUUCCUUUUUCUGCUCUUCAUUGCCUGGGCAAUAGAUCCAGAUAUCGGAGCUGAAGCUAUCGAAUUCAGAGACCUUCCUAAAACAGUGGAACUGGAAGAGACUGCAGAACCAAAUUCAGUUGUGACUACCUUCUCUGUCAGUUGCACAAAUACAAGCGAUGUGCCUGAGAUAUCCCUCAAGACUGUCACCCCGGUUUCCUCUUUUUUCGAACAUCUUAUCUUAUCUGCUGGCAACUAUCAGGUGAGACUUAGUCCCAGUGCUGCUCUAGAUGCUAGAGUGGUGAAUCUGUAUGCCUUAACGUUCACCGCAAAUUGUACAGGAGAGACAAAAGAUGCUCAACUCUUCGUUCAAGUUAAUGAAACAAAGAGAUUAGUGUGCAAUGAAGGAUAUACUGACAUAGGACGGUUGCCUAUACAAGUUUCAGAGGAUGCUCGACCUGGAGAAACAAUCUACACAACUGUCUUGAAGAGGCGGGGCACAGGCAAACUGACCUUCACCGUUGAGAAUUCUUCUUUACCUUUUGUCGUAACUUCAGAAGGAGUCCUACAGGUACCUGCCACAGGUUUCACUCGUGAACAAGCUGGCAAGACAUUCUCACUAAAAAUUGUGAUCAAGGAUGCUACUUCAAUAAGUUGUGAAGUGCCUCUGUCUAUCCAGGUGAACCCUGUUUACCAUAACAAAGUCAGUUUCAGGGAAUCAUCAGUUGCAUGUUCAAUACCAGAAAAUGUAUCACCUUUGUUCGACGUCAUACAGGUUCGAGCGAGUGGGGAAUCUGUGCUCUACCAGAUCAUCUCCCCAAUCACAAACUAUUUCACCAUUGAACCAGAAACAGGCAUCAUCAGGACCACAUACUACUUAGAUCUGAAAAAGAAUCCAAGCUUAGCCGACACCCAGUUGGAGGUGAAAGCUUACAAUAUGUUCCACCAUGUUGAUCAUGCCAGCAUCACUGUCAACAUUACUGUGAAACAGGAGAACUUGGAAGGACCCUUGUGUUCUCCUGCUGUGAUUGUGACUGAGGUUCCAGAGGACUUUUUAAUUGGGAGCACCAUACUGCCUCUGUCUUGCUAUGAUCCAGAGAAUAUCAAUAGCAGCUUGACAUACAAUAUAGUCAACCAGGACCCACCUUAUAGCUUCAAAAUGGAUGGCCCAAAUUUUCAGGUAAAUAGCAGUUUGGACUGUGAUUCAGAAAGUAUGGCCACUCGUAACUUUCAAUACAAUGCUGCCAUUCUAGUGAUAGAUGAAGGAAGUCCUGCACAAACCACCACUGUUUCUGUGCUGGUGACAGUAAGACAAGUGAACGAAUUCUUACCAAAGUGCUCGAAAUGGGUAUUCUACGUACCAGAGAAUACUGAGUAUGGAUACAGUAUUGGCAAUGUCAAUGGCUCUGAUCAAGACUAUCCAUUCAACAACAUUGAAUAUAGCAUAAUGGAUGGGGAUGCUAGAGUUUUCUACAUUAAUAGCCAUACAGGUCAGCUGCAUGUACUUUUGCCCCUGGAUUUUGAAGACCAGAAAGUGUAUCAUCUGGCUGUCAUUCUAAAAGACCUGGAAAAUGAAGCUGCUCCUGGUACUCAAAAGACAACAAGGUGUAACGUCACGAUUUUCGUGCAGGAUGUGAACGAUCGUCCUCCUAAGUGUAAAAAACCAUUUUUUGUGUAUUCCAUAUAUUCCACCCAAGCCACAGAUAUAGAAAUCACCGAUAUUAAUUGUGAAGAUGAAGACAGGGGAAACGAAUUGACCUACAACAUUGCUCGUGGCAAUGUAAAUGGUCGUUUUCACAUGGUAGGAAACAAACUUUUCCAUAACACCUUUUCCUAUAGACCUGAUGGCAUAUAUGAUCCUCUAGUUUUUGUGCUGCUGGUGGAAGUGUCAGACGGGCACUUCAGCACCACAGUCACAGUUGUUGUUAAUGUGAUCCCUUGGGCCACAACUGUAUCUACUACCACCAUAACUACUACGACAACCCCCAAGAAGCCAAUUGUUUUGCACAGAACUGUGACGUACUGGGCACCAGAUCCAUGGUUUGUCGUGGUUCUUACACUCACUGGAAUCCUCUUCUUUUCUGCCUUGGGUUUGCUGUUUUGGCAAUUCUGCCGGAGAAAGUCACCAGGAGAGAUAUCUCAGUCUCUAUUGCAGAACUCGAGCAAAGAAGUGGGGAAAAAUUACAAGGUGACAGAAGAAGCAAGGAAGCAGAAAAGGAAGGAUGCCAUUGACUUGCAGAGUCUGGAACACCAAUUUGAUGGCCGGGCUCAAGACCCUGUCUCUGGCCAGUAUUAUCUGUUUGACAGCAGCAGCGGAGCACGGCGUUGGGUGUGAGCAUGGAGGAAAAUGAAGAGCCAGCUCUCUGGACACCAGCAACUCUCUGUCUGGUAUCUGCUGUAUCUACUGAUAUGGUGGCACAAGAGUAGCUUUCCAUUAGUUACAUGCAUUUUAAUAAUCAGAGGUUGUCACUUUCCUUUCUUCUUUUGCUCUUCUGGUUUCCAUGGUUGUUUCAUCGGUGAAAAGUUCUUUCCACUAUUUCUGGUACCCCCAUCUGGAAAUUCUCCAUAUUAUGUAAGGUGGUAACAAUGGUAAUAUGGUACUAGAUGAAACAUCAGCCAUUUGUCCCUCCUUCUUACAAAGCCAUAUGUCUAUGAGAAAGUGCUAUAAUAAAGGCUAAUUUUCUAAUACUUAAUUCAGUGCAAAUUAGGUGUAUUCAUGGUGAGGCAUAUUUUUUCCAGGUGCUCCCUAGGCAAAGUUACACUCAUACUAGUGCUAUUAUAAUAUAAAAGUAUUAUAAAGUAAUAAAAAAGAAAUAAAAAAAGCUUCCCCUGAAAGACAAAAUUACAAGAAGUCAGACAUUUUUAGGGCAUGAAAUAGCAACUUCCAGACCAGCUGUGGUCCAAAUGCCUACCAGAUUGAUUCCUUUCUACUUCAAGGGGAUCAGAGGUGGGUUCUGGCCAGUUCUGGAGAACCGGGAGCAGAAAUUUUGAGUAGUUUGGAGAACUACUAGUAAAAAUUCUGACCGGCCCCGCCCCCAUCUAUUCUCUGCCUCCCGAGUCCCCGCUGAUUGGAGGAAAUGGGGAUUUUGCAGUAACCUUCCCCUGGAGUGGGGAGGGAAUGGAAAUUUUACAGUAUCUAUCCCCUGCCACGCCUAUCAAGCCAUACCCACAGAACCAGUAUAAAUUUUUGAAACCCACCACUGAAGAGGAAGUGUUAUAUUUGGAACAGGAAAGAGAGUGGGAAGUCUGCCUGAAAGUAGCUUUCUGCUCAAAACCUGGGAAUUAGUACUGCAGCCUGCCACUAACUUGUAACCAAACCUAUUCUCCUUUAUAUCCUAAAAAAAUCCUUUAAAAAUUCUGCAUACAAUGGCCAAUGAUUGUAUUUACAGCAUUGUAUUAUUUUAAAUAUUUGAAUAUCAUCUAAAUGUUGAUUAUGUAUGUCGUCCUAACACUAUAGUCUACACAGUAACAUUGUGUGUGUGUGUGUGUGUGUGUGUGUGUGUUUGUGUGUGUGUGUGUGUGUGUGUGUGUGUGUGUGCAGUAGUGGUCAGGACAAACUUGUGAUGUGAAAGUGCCCUCUGCUGGAGCAGCCAAUUGAAACAACUUGAUUUGUUACUGGAAGUAAUAUAAGAUUAUACAUUAGGGAUAUGUAAAUUCUCGGUGUUGCACAAUAAAGUAGUUAAUUGCUUAAUUAAGUACAUGUAAUUAAUGACAAGUACAUAUGUUUAUAGUUCUAUAGGAUUCUAUAAUUCCUUUUUAAUAGACUAUCAAUAUGUUUAAUUGUUAAAUACAUUGAAAUAUAUAGUGGGAAAAAGAAAUUAUUGAAAUAGAAAGUAGAAAAAAACAAAAAAAGAUUGCUCUAUUUGAAAUAAAAGAAAGCAUGGUGAAAUUAAGCCGAUUAUAUAUUUUUCUUAUCAACUUGAGCAGCUGCUAGCCGAAGCUGAAGCAAGUGAGAGAAGCUGAAGAAAUAACAAAUGAACUCAAGAAUAACAAAUAAAUAAGAGCUGAAAUAGGGAGUGCCUAUUGGGAGUAUGGGUAUCCAGGAAAAGUCAAAAUGUCAAAAUCAGGUGGGUUGCUACCGGAUUGCACUGGAUCAGGCGAGCACUGGAUCGUGCAAGUGUGCAAGCACGCACACACACGAGCGAACUGAUAGCGACGGGAUUGGGAACCCACCCCUGGUCAAAAUUAUAUUGAACUACAUAAUGAGGACAAGAUUGAAUUACCAAUAAUUUACUAUGUACAUUGGCUGAUACGACUGUAAUUUAAAUCCUUUCUGGAGAAAGGAUAUAAAGGAAUAGGUACAAAAGGCACCAUAACUAUUUUGAAAAAUUAAUAACUAUCCUUUUCAACUUAAAGGAACAAUCUCAACAAAUUAUAGGUUAUUAUUGAAAUUGGAAUUAGAUAAUCUCUAUUAAUAGUUAGUCUUCUUGAUAGCUAGCUUAUGUACUUGCAGAUUCAAGGACUUUUAUCUUAAAAUACCAACUUCUAAGAAGCAAAUUGAAAAAGCAAUUUACAUUUAACUUCUACACUUCUGCUUUUAAAUUUGCUUCUAAUUGGUUGACAACUAUUACAUAUGAUGCUGGAUGCUGUAUAAGCCUCCAGUUAAAUCUGUUAAGUUCUGUGUAUUUAAGAUUUUCAGAAAGGAAUAUUCUGUGAAAUUUUAUUACACAGUCAACGUUUCAUAUAUGCAAUUGUGUGUAGGCUGGAAGGCCAAUAUAAAGUUUUCACAUACUAUUGGCUUUCAGAUGAGUGAAAAGCACUUUCUGGAUACAUGCAGAUGUGACUGCAAUGUGAAUUUCACUAAAAAGAGCUACAAUUUAAAAAUAAUACUUUACUUGGAUUGGUAUUUUGUAUGUGAGCUUACUUUCUAAUACUGGUGAAAUGGCCAGGUUCAGAAACUGUCGUCAUUGCUUUGGUCAAAAACAAGGUUCCUUUAAGCUCAUUUGAUGGGCAAAUAGUGUAUUUCUCCCUGCUUUCUCCUUGUUUAGAAAACUAGCAGAAAGCCUACACCAAUUAUAUUUCAUUGUGAUACCUUGCAUUAUUGUCAUAACUGACAGUUCAUUUUCCUGCUGUGACCUAUUUUUAAAAAAUCUGGUUAGAUGUAAUGGACAAUAUUAAACAUGUUGCCCUCAAUAAUUAAAACAGUUCCAAAUGUCGAUAGCCUCUUCCUUUAAUACCGGCCAAGAAAACUUAAUGACUUGAGUACUUGGGAUUUUUCAAACAUAAAAAAAAACACCCAG